CUUAAUAUCAGUGUGGGCAGGAGUAUUCCAGGAAAAAUGCUGCUUCGUCAUAAUUUUUUUUUCAUCGUUCUCGUGUUCUUUGGGAUGGUAUUGAGUGGGUUCAUUUACCUGAAGAAUUACCAGAACAGCUGCAAUCAGCAGAUACCAGAACAAGGUGUUAUCAAGCCAACAUGGAAGCAAAAGACUGUUGGAUUGCGCUCAUCACCAGGGUUGUUGUACAACCAGCCGAAUGUGUUGGUAGGUCGGGCAGAUGUUGCUUCUGUGACACCAUGGUCAGCUCCAAUCAUUUGGGAGGGAACCUUUGACCCCACACUGAUCGACUCUAUCUACAAACAACAGAAUCUCACCAUAGCAACUACUGUCUUCGCUUUGGGAAAAUACACACGUUUUGUCAAAGAUUUUCUGGAGUCAGCAGAGCAGCAUUACUUUGUUGGAUUUCGAGUGCAUUUCUACUUGUUUACAGAUCAACCAGAAUCAGUUCCUGAGGUGAAGAUGGGUGAAAACCGCAGUUUGACAGUUCUAAAGGUUGAGAGUUUGAACAGAUGGCAGGACAUCAGUAUGAGAAGGAUGGAAAAACUGGAAAAACUAAUAGAGAAUGAACUGGUCAGUGAGGCCGACUAUAUUUUCUGCCUUGACAUAGAUUCAAAGUUCUAUGGCCGGUGGGGUGCGGAGUCUUUGGGUCGUCUGGUAGGUGUGAUACAUCCUUGGUUCUAUAAUGUUCCAAGGAAUCAAUUCACAUAUGAGCGUAGACCAGAGUCUCAAGCAUACAUUCCAGCUGCGGAAGGUGAUUAUUAUUAUGCUGGUGCUGCAUUUGGUGGCACAUUGGAGGAUGUAUAUCACCUUACCAAAACCUGCAGGGAGCAUCUGAACAUUGAUGCUGCAAACUCCAUUGAAGCGGCAUGGCAAGAGGAAUCUCACUUGAACAAGUAUUUCCUUUUGAACAAACCUAGUAAACUGCUCUCUCCUGAAUAUGUAUGGCGGGACAUCAAUGUCAGUGCAGCCCAAAUAAAAAUAGUUCGCUUAGCUAAUGUACCUAAAAACUAUGCUGAAGUUCGUCCAAACCCAUAGCAGCUGUUGCCAGUACUCAGCUACACUUACAUGGGCCCUGUCCCAAAUGGCACAUUUCAUGUGCACUUUUGGCCUUGAGGACGCAGAGUGGGCAUUGCGUGCGCAUAUCUGUUAAGUUCACAAGACCGUAGGAUGUCCCAUUCAGAGGACUCAGAGGAAGACUGUGAGGGUUUAGGUGACAUUUGGGACAGGGCCAUGGUGUGUCUCAGAGGCCUCCCAUAAGACAUUGUGAAUCUGUUAACAGGUAAUACUGGGAAAAAGGAUGUCGAUAUCUCCCUCCAAAAAUGGAUAUAAUCACAAACAUGACACAGAUGUUUAUGAGCACAAUGUGGCAUCAGAAAAAAUAUCUGCCAAAAAUCGUUUUGAAUAAACUCUCACAAUAUGAACUUGUUAUAUUCUUUAUUAUGUAACUGAACACAAUUUGCGUGUGUUGGAAGCACUGACAAUCCUUUGUUUUACCACUUUUAUAAAAAAGUUGAGGGAGGAGGUUUAGGGAGCUACAAGAUCUGAAGCUAAAACUAAUUGUAAACUUUAAAUUAUCUGGGUACUAUUGCAAAAAUCAUGGUUUAUGCAUUCAGUUUGCACCGUUUUCCUUGUCUGUUGUCAUGGUUAUUGAUUUGAUUUUGUUAUUGUGUUCAGGUGUGUCUUGCUAAUUAUCCUCGUUUGGUCUGUGUAUUUAAGUUUCUGUCUGUUCUAUUUGUACCAUGAUAAUAACCUGCAAUUUUGUAUGUUUGGGUACAAUGAAACAAUGUGUGACAUAUGACAUUUCGACACAGUAAAAAUAUACAUUUAGAAACAUCAAAAUCUUUACAAAUAUGUUAUAUAUUUAUAUAAAUGCAUUAUGAUUUCUUAGAAUUGUAUUUGUUUAUAUCCAUAUAAAACUAUUUAUGAAUAUACACUUUUCCAUAAAUAAACACAUUAUUAACUGUAUAGAUAAUAACAGUAAACUGAGCUGGACAAUCAACUUUAACAAAAAAAUCAGUUUACUAUGUCAUCUUGCAUUAACGAUACACUAUUUUACUGUUUAAUGCUUUGACACAAUCUGUAUAUAAAGCACUAUAAAAAUAAAGGUGAUUUGACUAAACAUAACAGCUUUUCAACAAUAUGAAAAAAAAAAAUGGAUUGCUAACCAAAAAAUUGUUAGCUAACUGUACAUUAACAAUAAUUAAGCAUGCAUGUUUCUAGUUCAACAUGUAUGGAACACAUUUCUCUUGGAUUAAUUCACAUUUUGAGCUUGAGCUUUUGAGCUCAAAGUAUCGUUAACAACCAAACAGUAUUCUAGAAAUAAAAUGUGUUUCCUCUUACAGUCAAUCUUCAAUGUCAAUUUACUGGUUGUAUUAUAAUCUCACAACUCGAAA